GAGUAGCAUCCGAGAUCUAUUUGGUUGUUUUUUCACUUUUUGCCUCCUCACCACUAUCAACAGGGAAGAAUUUAUAAAGGAUCAUUAGCGGAGAGCCUCCCAUCUGGGUCUGGACUAAGAGGUGAGGGCACUGUUUAAAGCUGUGAGGCAAGGUGGAAGGACUAAGACUGAGUAUCAGGUUAAUGAAAGCAUGAGGUGGCUCUUAGGCAGCAGCUGGAGGAAAUUUGGACAUGCUGACAGGGGAAACUACGACUGGUUAACUAGUGAACCAGGUGUGCCACUUCUGGAAACACAGUUGCAGAGCAGACAUCAGAUCAGCUCAACCAAAGACGACGUAGAACCAUUUCUAUGCAUCAUCCUGCCUGCCACCAUGCUGCUCUUCCUGGCAUUCCUGCUGCUCUUCCUAUACCGCCGCUGCCGUCGACCCAGCCCCCAGGGGCAGAUCUUCAGUAUUGAUCUCCCAGAGCACCUACCUGAGCGUGAUGUGUCCGAUUUCCUUUCAGUGCUGCCCUGGAACAGUGAGCAGAAUUUCCACUACUCCACUCUGCUCCCUGAAGCCACCUUCCUCACUGUAAGCUUGCCUCCAUCAUAUGAGGAGGCCACUAUGAAACCUCCUAUGGGAGAGACUCACAUUGAGUUUUCUCAGGAUCCAGUGCCUCCUUAUGAAGAGAGUACACACUGGCCAACCAACAGUAAAUAAACUUCCUAAGGAAACACCUUUGGCUGAAGCUUGCAACCCGUCAAGGCAUAAACAGGAGAUCACUAGUCAUUAACGUUAGUGACAAAAUUUUCCAACGGGGAAACAACAAAAUUAAUGGAGGAAGGAGCUUGGGUUGAUAUGGGAUUACUUUAAACACAUUUAAUGAUUCAGCAUUUCUAACCUCAAUUCACAGCAACACACACAGCUAAAUACCAGGUUGUUGUGGGAUGGGAGGAAUUGUGGGGAUAAAAUGAUUGAUGUACCUCAUAUAUGAACUAAAUUGAAGGGCACUCACUUAGGUUAGAGAGCUGAAUCUAGGAUGUGGGCUAUCAGCUAUGAAAGGAGGCAAACUGUGCUGGAUAUAUGCCAAUUACUGAAAGGGCUUUUAUCACAGAAAUCUCUUCCUGUUUGUUUUUUUUUAAAUUGAGUUUUUGGUAAUUUCAGUAACUUAAUUUGAAGUAUCUGUAUUAACAAACUCACGUACUGUAAUGACACAGAUCUCAGGAAAAGUGAACAAGAAAUGAGGCCUACAAAGUAUUGUCAGUGAAUACCGCCACUACGCUCAGUGUCUGGCCUAUAAACAGAUGAUCAAGAUUUUGCAGUCUGCCUUUCAGUGCAGCAAUGAGACUCAGUGUAAUAAGCAGAAAGGAACAGACGUGAUUCAACCAUUUUGGGUUAAAUAGAAACAGACAUCAUGGCAACUGGUGGCACAGCAGAGAUUCAUGCAGCUGAUAAGCAGAUGUGCAGUCCUAUGAGUUGUGUGGGGCUGAUGGUUUUACUUUGUUUUCUUAUUUAAAGCUUAAAAAGAAAUCAAACCCUGUAAGCUUUCAGUGCUGGGCAUGAGGUGCGAUGUAUAAAGAUUUAGAAG